GAAGUUGUCUUUUGGCGCUAAAUCUUGACCAGUCUGAUAGUGACAACAAACAUGGAUGUCGCUCGGAAAAUCAAGACAAAAGUGUCCGCUGGCUUCAAGAUGCGGGGUCUUAUGCUACGACCUGAAGCCAGCAAAUACCUUGUGGAGGCCCUGGAGUCUGUCGAUGCCUCUGAACUGGAUGAUAUCAUUGAAAAGGUCCUGGAUGCAGUGGAAAAGCAGCCAUUGUCCUCUAACAUGAUCGAGCUGUCUGUGCUAGAGAUUGCUGUUCAGGAUUGCACUCAGUCAUGUGAUGAAACCAUAGAUAAUGUUUUCAACAUCAUUGGAGCUUAUGACGUGCCCAGAUACAUUUACAGCGUGGAGCGGAAGAAAUUUGUGCCCAUUAGCAUGACGAGCCAUUCUGCACCCAGUCUGUGUGGAGUGGCCAGAGACAAAGCUGAACUGUUCAGAGAGCGCUACACCAUCCUGCAGCAGCGUAUACAUCGGCACCAGCUCUUCACGCCGCCUGCUAUAGGGACUGCUGUUGAAGAGGGCCAAAACAAGUUUCAGCUCAAGACAAUUGAAGCGCUGCUUGGUAGCACGGCUAAACUGGGAGAGGUGAUCGUACUCGGGAUGAUCACACAAAUGAAAGAGGGUAAAUUUUUCCUGGAGGACCCGAGUGGAACAGUACAGCUGGAGAUGUCCAAAGCACAGUUCCAUAACGGCCUGUACACAGAGUCCUGCUUCGUACUGGCAGAGGGUUGGUAUGAGGACUCGGUUUUCCAUGUCAAUGGUUUUGGUUUUCCACCAACAGAGCCAUCAUCAGGCACAAGGGCAUACUACGGCAAUCUGAACUUCUUUGGCGGGCCGUCCACCACUUCAGUGAAGGCUUCGGCCAAGCUGAAGCAGCUGGAGGAGGAGAACGAGGACGCCAUGUUUGUUAUUGUGUCUGAUGUGUGGCUGGACAGUGUCGAAGUGAUGGAGAAGCUCAACCUCAUGUUCUCAGGCUACGCUUCGAUGCCUCCCACCUGCUUCAUUUUCUGUGGUAACUUCUCUUCUGCCCCGUAUGGGAAAGCACAGAUCAAAUCACUCAAAGAGUCCCUGAAGACUCUGGCUGAUGCUAUAUGUGCAUACCCGAGCAUCCAGAGCAGCUGCCGCUUCGUGUUUGUUCCUGGUCCUGAAGACCCGGGUCCAGGCUCCAUCCUGCCAAGGCCUCCUCUGGCAGAUCACAUCACAGAGGAGUUCAGACAGAGGGUCCCGUUCUCAGUGUUCACUACCAACCCAUGCAGGAUCCAGUACUGCAGCCAGGAGAUCGUCAUCAUCAGGGAGGACCUGGUCAACAAGAUGUGCAGGAACUGUGUCCGGUUACCCAGUAAUAACCUCGACAUCCCUAACCAUUUUGUGAAGACCAUCCUGUCACAAGGUCACUUGACUCCGCUGCCCCUGUACGUCAGUCCUGUUUACUGGGCCUACGACUACUCCCUGCGUGCCUACCCAGUCCCUGAUGUCAUCGUCUUUGCAGACAAAUACGACCCAUUCAGCAUCAAAAACACAGACUGCCUCUGUGUCAACCCGGGAUCAUUCCCAAAAAGUGGCUUCACAUUUAAAGUGUACUACCCAUCCAACAGAACUGUUGAGGACAGCAAACUACAAGGACUCUGAAGAAAAUAUUGGAUGUAAAGGUGGAUGUGUGUCAGUUGUUUGUAUAUAGCUUAUGUAUGAUACUGUAUGUUUAAAAUGGAUUGGUGAUCAAAUUGCUGUAGUGUUUUUAUUUUGUAUUAAUCUAUAUGUUUGUCUGUUUUUCUAAAAAAUAAAAGUUUUAUUCCACUGAA